AUAAACGUGAAGGGCGGACCACUUGUACAUCUAACGCUGGUUUGGUACGCAGCCUUGAGGACUGAUCUUCUUCAGCCAUGCGGUUCUUUUGUCUACUUCUGUUUGUAACCAUCUUUGUGGUGAGCUUCUCGGACGCCCUUUGGUCCAAUGACAAAGGAAAGGCCUGCAAACAAACCGGCUGGCUCCGAAAGAAAUGUCCUGAAAACUCAGAUGACGACGUUGAGGACAUUCAACAACCAAACACUGGCCAAGACGACAUGCCGGGGCAGCAAAUACAGACAAAAAUGAAGACAUGGUGGAAUGGCUUAAGGGACAAGAAAAAGGAUAAGGAUGGAAAGAAAUGCAAAACCAGCUGGAUCCGGAAAUGUCCUGAAAACAAAAAUGACGACACUGAGGAAGAUCAACCUGCAAUGACUGGGGAAUCCGAGCGCCAGAGGGACAAUUCACCUGGAAAGGAUAAAAAGAAAUGCAAACCCAGCAUUUGGAACCGUAAAAAAUGUAAUGACGACCAAGACAACAAAGAUGGCGCCCAAAAGAAGUAA